GCCUAACCUUUGAUUUAAAUCAUUGUGACAACUAGAAACAUCAUGACCAAAUGUGAAAAAGAGUUGGUACCGAAUAGAGUAUGUCUAUGACCACCAAGAAAUCUGAGGCCUCUGCAAUGACUCUUGCGAUCAUUUGGGACAAGGUUGGUAUUGUUGAACUCGGUAUUCAAAACCCGAGAGAAGGUUUUGUGCAAUACUGGCUUGUGGUGGUGUUUCCGGAAGACAAGUGGAUUUUACUACAUUUACCAUAUUUGUAGUUUUCUUUUGGAAAUUUUCAAGACAAGCCUCUUGCGGUAGGACUAGGUAUCACUUUAUUGGCCUUGGAUCAAGUCUAUUGCUAAGCAAGUUGGAUCUUUGCUCGAAAAUGGCCAAAUAUCUUGCAAGGUCCUCAACUCCAUUUGCUCUGCGGUUUCCUGAAUCUUUCUGCAUGGAUUGUUGUUGUUUCUCCAAUUUUGGUGCUUAUAAUUUGGGGAUCCUGGUUGAUUGUGAUAUUGGGUCGAGAUCUGAUUGGGUGGGCUGUAAUAAUGGCUGGUACUGCCCUUCUAUUGGCUUUUUAUUCAAUUAUGCUGUGGUGGAGAACUCAGUGGCAAAGCUCAAGGGCUGUGGCCAUCCUGCUUCUUUUGGCUGUUGCUUUACUCUGUGCAUAUGAACUUUGUGCCGUUUAUGUUACAACUGGAUCACGAGCAUCUGACCGCUAUUCUCCAUCUGGUUUUUUUUCGGAGUCUCUGCAAUUGCUUUAGCAAUCAACAUGCUAUUUAUCUGCAGGAUGGUUUUUAAUGGUAUGGUUUUGAAUUACUCAGUUCAUUUACAAAUUGCUGCUUUAUUAAAGGAUAAAAUAUGUUUUUGAUUGUUGUCCACUAUAAUAAUUUUCAAUGUAGUCCAUAUGUGAAGAAAGUUUCCAUUAGUUUCUAGUCCUUUUCAAUGUUGUCCAUACUGUUUAUUUGAGAGAUAUUUCCUCUUCUAUGCUGUUAUACUGUAUUCUCUUCUCUGUUAAUCAAAUGUAUCUGACACGAUCAGUUGUAAUUUCCUGAUCUUUAUACGGCCUUGUGUAAUAGAGAAUGACCUUACCUAUCA